AUGGCUCGACGAUCUACCAACGUGAAUGCUCUAGCGGCAUUCCACAAUUUUGUAGCAAAGGGAGACAUCGAGAAGGUGAAGGACUUCGUGCAGGGCAAGGACAGGAAGCCAGGGCAUGUACGAAUAGCUGUCGACAUGCAGGACGAGGAUGGACUUGCAGCUGUUCACUGGGCAGCCAUGCGAGGGCACAAGAACGUCCUUCGUUACCUUGUAGGAUGCUCUGUGCACAUGAUGUUGGAGGGAGGCCCAGAGGGGAAUCGUGCAGACCCGACCGUGCAAGACAAGGACGGAUGGAGUGCCUUGACAUGGGCAAUCUUCAUGGUUGAGCAAGAGCCGAAGAUGCACGGGAAGGAGCAUGCGAGCAAGAAACAGCUGCUGGAGGUGAUCAACUACCUUUGCCAGCAGGCAGCAGUGCAGGAAUACAUCGAGAGAAGCGACAGAUUGUUGAACAAGACAGCUGGUGAGAUGGCAGAUGAAAUCUCCCAACAGUCUGACGAGGCUAUCACUGCAGCUCUGAAAGGCCGUUGGGAUGCUAACAAGCAGUACGGUGCUGCCAAGGUAAAGAAGGAGGUGCAGAUGGUGGAUGAGUGGAGGGAGGUGCAGAUGCUGCAGAAAAUGUUGGCAGAUACAGAUGACUAG